AUGCUUCGACUUCUAGAUCAGUGGGGAGAAGGCAUCAAAGGUCGACAAACCAGCGUUGCUUUGGGUGCUAUUCACAUCCUACGCUCGAAGGCAGGAUCUCUGCUGGGAAGUGUGGCCAUCAACCAAGAGCACGGUGAGCAGUUUGUUGUCCAUCGGGCGGAUUUGCCAAUGGCGUCACUGGAGCAGGCGUCAGUUCUUCCUAAUGUGAAACUCCAAGACGAUACCAAGGUUGAGAACGUUCAGUUCAGUCCGGCAGCUGUGGAAUUGAGUGACCGUACCAUGGUCCAUGCUGAUGUGGUGCCAAAUCCAUGGUUAGAGGAAAGAUCCUAG